GACGACCCUUGACCUCUGCCGUAGAGACAGACUUCGAAUUCUGCAGACUUGAAGGUAAGCAGACAUGAUGUUUUGGGGAGAUUAUCUUGACGACUAUGAUGAUUACGAUGACUACGGCUCGGACGAUCACGACUGGGGAUACGACGACUACGGCGAUGAUUACUUCACCGACGGCGAAUCGCAGGGCAGCCACAGCACCAAGUCCGGCGACAACGCGGGCGGACGACACUUUCGGAACUACCAGCGAGAGAUGCAGGUCCUCGAGGAGCUCAACAGCCAGCGGAAGAGCGGAGAAUUCCUCGACGUCGUCGUGGAGAUAGAAGGAAGAGAGUUCCCCUGCCAUCGCGCAGUCUUGGCCUCCACGCCGUACUUCAAGGCUAUGCUGUCAAGCAAGCUGGUGGAAGGUGACUCGCGAGUCAUCAAAAUCCUCGGAGUGGACUCGAUAUCUUUCUCCAAACUGUUGGACUUCAUAUACACGGGUGAAAUCGACAUCGGGAAGGAGAAUGUGCAGGAUAUACUACAGGCGGCACACAUGCUACACUUCGAAGAUGUACAGAAGUACUGUAUCGAGGUCAUCGAGAAAAACUUGGACCCCUCCAACUGUCUUGGGGUGCUCCGUCUUGCCGACCUGUACAAUCUGGAGACGCUAAAGAAGAAGGCGUGGGACAUGGCACUGCAAGACUUCACCAAGGUAACAUCCCAUGAAGAGAUCAACGACCUCACCCAGACAGAGCUGCUCAACCUCCUUAAGGAAGACCACCUCAGAGUCAACAGUGAAGACGAUGUACUUCACACUGUCUUAAAGUGGGUCGAACAUGACAUGGAACAUCGCAAGGAGGCGCUGCCUGACAUCCUUAAUGCCGUAAGGCUCCCAAGUGUCAAAACAAGUGCUUUGAAGAAAGCACAAGCCAAUACCUUGGUGAAGGAGUGUAGAAAAUGUUUGGAGAUGAUAACGUCUGCACAAGACACACAGGUAAAGGGACUAGAGGGAGUUGAGAGUAACACUGAAGAAGUGAGUCUUCGCGAGGGAAAGUCUGAGGACGUGCUCGUUCUUGUUGGUGGCUGGAGAACCAUCCCAACUCCCCUCCACAUGUGGAAAGAAGAGGACGAAAGUGACCCUCAGGUUCCCCUCGGACAAGUCCUGUUAGUGGACCCUGACAACAGUAAGACAUAUCAUGUAACAGACCUUCCUGCGGACAUCAUGGGAUACAUGAGCGUGGCGGUACACGGGCCAAAGUUGUACGUCACGGGAGGGUGCGUAGGAAUGCCGUCCACAGACAGCGGGACAGGCAUCCCCUCCAAUCAGGCCUUCUGCUAUGACUUUCCUAAAGACAAGUGGCGUAGGCUGCCCGACAUGCCACACGCGCGAUGCAUGCACGGCUCUAUAGUUGUAGAAGGUAAACUGUACGUUCUGGGUGGUAGUGACACCCAAGGGGAGACUAUGGACUGCUUGGACCUGUCUAAAAGUAGGUGGUCCUCUUGCAGUGCACCGUUCCCACACGUAGAACUUUCCCCGACAAUGACGAUUUGCAACAACGAGCUGGUCUUGGUCAAGGUCGUCAAACACAUGGGAAACAUCACGACGAUGCAGAGCGACCUUGAUGGGGGACACGAGUUCCACCUUGCCCUUGACACCCAGUGGACUCUCCGCGUACAAUCGUACUCCCCCAGGGAAGACGACUGGGCUUCCGUGGAAACCGAGUACGAAGACUCGGACGAGGAAGUCUUCACGUUUGUAGACAACGCGAAAGUUUGCAUACGCUCCAGCGCGUACUACCAACAGCCUUACAUAUUCAACUUCGAGGACGGCACGCUGAAGCGUAACGCGGAGAAUGCCAACAACUUUCCCGCCACCGGCGUUCACUACCGUCUACAACAGGAGUACGCUCGCAGCUUCACAGACAUUCCAAGCAUCAUGAACGACACGAUCAAAAGGUACUGCUUUAAGAGAUUCGAAGGACAUGAAGGUCCGUUCGCAACGGUAAGCUCUGUUUCACUACCGUACGCUGUCCACGGCUCUGGCUUCUCCGCGGGAAAGAAGCGGACAAUCGGAUGGUUCUGCAGGGACCUGGAGGUCAUCAAAGGAGAGGAUGAUGAGGACAAUAGGGAAGAUGAGGAGGAAGAAUCUUUUACAGUGGGAUAAAAAGAAAAUUUACAUGAUGUACAUGAAGUGGCAGUUUUUCAUUUGUGUCAAAUGUUAGUAAUCAAGUAAAAAGUCCUAAGAUAGCCUUGUCACAGCUUGUGUGGUACUGUUGCCAAAAAUAUGCAUUUCAAUCAUAGGAAAUGUGACAGAUAAGGUAUGUAUUGCUGUUAUAAACUGAAACCUAAAAUAGGAAAACUCCAUGUCUGAUUUUCAGUGACAUCUGUAUUAUGUACUGUCAGUUACCACCUGGUGCUACAACUUGCUGUAACUUCCUGUGUUUGGUGAUCUUCACUUAUGUAAGAUAGGAAAACAAUGUCAAUCUAUUAUAGUACAAAGUUACUGAUGAACUUAUGUGCUGCAGGGUUUAGUUGUACAGGUACCUUCACUUGUCUGUUCAAAAAAAGACACCAAAGAUGUAACAAAAAGUGUAUGUCUACUUCUCAGUGGCUUAUUGUAUACUAUAAUAGGAACCUCUGGACUGUUCUUAUCAGAAUAUAUGCUUACACUUACAGUUGAAAAGGCUGUCAUUGUUAUUUUUUUUAAAUAUGCCAGAAGACAAACCUAAAAAAAAAGUAUAAUAAACAGAUAUCCUUAUGAUGAACUAGCAAGAAAACAUAUUGAUAUUCUGUCUAGAUCUACCAAUUUAUAUGGGAGAAACCAUAGAUGUCGGAAGAAUCCUAGCAUACUAUGUUAUAAUGGAUACUGGCAUACAUUGUUUAUGCAGUUAUUGCUUGUUUUGGCUGGAUUCAUUAUUCUUUAGUAAUAUAGGAAAGGCUUACAUUUAAUACAAAAUGACCAGCUCUAAUGUAUGUAGCUGGGAGAGAAAUCUUUAUUUUUUCUGGUAUCUGUUAGGAAGUUUAGAGUUUGUGUAGAGCACUAUUGAUGAGUAGGAAAGACUGAUAUUUUAAGUCAAGAUGACCAUCUCUAUGUUGAUGUAAGAGAAAUCUUUUUUUUUAAACUAUAUGUUACAGUUUAUGUAGAGAGAUAGAUGUUCCAGUGCUUCAGUAUGUUUUGUGUUAAGUCUUGUUGAUACAGAACUUUGUAGAUGUAUUAACUAUGUAUUAACUGAUUUAUUUAAUUCCAAGUCCAAGUUAACAUUUUUGCUUAAAAGUUUAAUUUUGUACUGUCACAAAAGUUGGACGUUUUUUGUACAUGUUUAAGCACCUUAAUCGUGGCUGUUUUUCUUUAGUAAACAUUUUUGUGAAAAAGGCAUAUCAAUACGUUCACUGCCAGAUAACAAGCUUUAAUUUGUUAAUAAAGCUGUGAAAGUGGUUAAACUAGUAUUUGUUAUUUGUAGCAAGAAAAUAUGUAAACAGAAGAUUCUGCUUCUUUUGUUCCUCAUCGUAUUAAGUAUCUACAUAUAUU